CUCUUAACCGCCUGGCACGGUUAGCACGUUUGUGUGAUCCAGCGUCUUUCAGAUGAUCUUAGAAUUAGUUGGCUUUUCUUUUCCUUCUUUGACUCUAGUAGGUGUGAAAAAUGUCCGGGUUUCAGGAUGUUUCAGUGCUGCCCACUGAUGUCCAGAAGCCAUUGGUGAAUAAAGAAGAGCCUUCUGAGCUGCAGGGAUGGAGCCCCAGCCUCGAUCUUGAGGACACUAAGCCCUCACACAUUAAAGAGGAACAAGAGGAAGUGUGGAUCAGUGAGGACGGAAAGCAUCUUCAAGGGCAAGAGGAGCCUAAUAAUAAGUUUCCAUUCAGUCUUGUUCUUGAGAAAACUGAAGAUGAUGAAGAGAAACCUCAGCCCUCACAGCUUCAUCAAAUAAAAACUGAACAGAUGGAAACAGAAGCUAAUGAAGAGGACUUUGGGGAAUCAGAACAAGCCAGAAGCUCAGAUCCAGAGAGUCAUUUACAUCCAGAGAUUGAGGUCAAGAUUGAAGACUCUUCUGAACCUGACGCUGAAGACAGUGAUCAUAUGAAGUGCCCAACAAUGUAUCAUUUAGGUUUAGACUCCAUGGAAAGAGUUAAAGAUCAGGGACCAAAGACAGAUGAUAAAUUGCAUUGCUGCUCUGAGUGUGGUAAAAUAUUCAAAAAUGAAGUAAAUCUAACUGGACACAUGAGAAUUCAUACAAGGAAGAAACCCUUGGACUAUGCUAAGGGUGGUGGAAGCUCUAGCAUUGAAGUGAAUUUGCCACAACAUAUAAGUCACAUGGUUGAGAAAUCUUUCAGCUGCACUGAGUGUGGCAAAAGAUACAGCCAUAAAAGUCGUCUGACAUAUCAUCUGAGGAGUCACACAGGAGAGAAACCAUUCAGCUGCCCUGAGUGUGGCAAACAAUUUAGAUGUAAACGCAAUCUGACAGAACAUUUAAGAAUUCACACGGGAGAGAUACCCUUCAGUUGCUCUGUGUGUGGGAAAGGGUUUAUCCGCAAGGAAAACUUGACCCAACAUAUGUUCAUUCACACAAGAGAAAAAUCUUUUGGUUGUUCUGAGUGUGGUAAAAAAUUCCGCCUUAAAGGACAUUUGAGACAGCAUGUUAAAAUUCAUGUAAUAGAGAAAACCUUCAGCUGCUCUGAGUGUGGUAAAUGUUUUAAUUGUAAAGAAUAUCUGACCCAACAUAUGCGCAUCCAUACAGGAGAGAAACCCCUAAGUUGCUUUGAAUGUGGUAAAAGAUUUGCCUGGAUAGGGUGUCUGAAAAAACAUAUGAUAACUCAUGCUGGAGUGAAACCCUUUAGUUGCUCUGAAUGCACUAAAAGUUUUAAAGAUAAAGAAACCUUGAACAAACACAUGAGAGUUCAUACAGGAGAAAAACCCUUAAGCUGCAUUUCUUGUGGCCAAAAAUUCUCAUGGCAUGCUCAGUUAAAAAGACACAAGUGUGUUGAUGGUCAUUCUUCAGAGCAGUUAAAGGGGCUACCAGAGCUGAAAAGGAGGACAGAGACAGGAGCCAAUAAAGAAGAUUGUGGAGGAUCAGAAGGGGCCAGGUUUUCAAAUACAGGCAGAGAUUUACAACCAGAGAUUGAGGUUAUGUUAGAGGACUUUUCUGAACCUGAAACUGAAGACUUUCAUGAUGAUUCCUUGAGAACAAGAGACCGUCUGUCAUUUUCACAAGGAAAGAUUAGGAAAUUUCAGUCGUAGCUAUAAACUGUAAUACUGAUGACUAACCAGUUUAACUGUUGUGGUAACAGUUUUAGCUGGAUUUACAUUUGAAAAGUCACACAAGAAGCAAACCAUGAUUUUUAGGACAUUUUUAAAAUAGUUUUUAUUUGACCUUUAUUUUACCAGGAAAAAAACCUAAUUUGGAUUAAAAAUCUCCUUUUCGAGAGUGUCCUGGCCUAGAUAUAAAACAAUAAAUCAGAAAUCUUAUGUAACUUUAAAAAGUAAGAGUCUGUUGUUGUUUAUGUCACCAAGAUAAACCCUCACGCAUUUCUUUAAAGCUAAUUUGUUUUUCCCCCUUUCUAUGGUAACAGUAUACCACAAUAUUACAAAAUUCAAAGGGACAAUGAGUUGAAAUACUUAUUUAGGUGCAGCAGCCCCCCUUCUCCCCCUAAAACAAGACUUUGAUGUAAAACUCAACUCCAUUAUGUGUAGGAGAUCACAGAAAAUGUUUCUAUAAGUCUUAUGGUGUUCAUUUCUUUGUAACUGCAGCUGCAGUUUUUAAGUUUUGUUUCUUUCCUGCUGAGUCAGGUUAAGCUGCUUACCGACAAAACACAUUUCCUGAUGUUGGCAUUAGGUGAAAUAUAGAAAAACUAUAUCAUGAUUUUUAUGGCCAGAUGAUCUUAACUUAACAUGAUUCUUUUUCUUCUGAUUUUAAAGGUUAAUUUGUAAGUAACUGACCAAUAUAAAAAAAAAAAAACUCUCAUGAAAUAUUUGUCUUUACAAGUCAAAUCUGUUAAAGUUUUUUCUUUUUCUUUUUCUUCUGCAACAACCUGUUGGCCACUGCAUGAAUAUUGAAAUAUCUGCCACUUAGUGUCCUCACCAUCAGAUAAGGCCUUUUCUGCACCACUUCAUACUUGUGAUUUGUGUUUCUUCUUUGAAUCUAUUUUUUGUGUUCACUAUGCACAUUUUUAUAUAGUGAUAUUUAUUUUAAAACGUGGAAUAUAAGCAGAAUUCCCACAUCUGUAACUUUAUACGUGUGGCCUCUGUUCUUGAAUUAAUUUAUACAAAAGCUUCAAUUGUAGACUGGUAAAAUUGACUAAAUUAGCUAAUAAAAAA